AUGGCUUCUAGUAAGCUGUUUGAAGGCAUCCCGCCAUUCCCAGACGACAUUCCCACUGUCUCCAUGAAUACAGUGUCGCUCGCGGGUUUGCGUGAGAAUGACGCCAAGGCGGCGGAGCAGACCCUGGCCGCCUGCAAGGAGCUUGGGUUCUUCUUUCUCGAUCUGCGCGAAGACAGUAUGGGCGAUGCCAUGAUUGAAUGCAUUGACCAGCUGUUCACCAUUGGCCAGGAAAUCUUCGACCUGCCCGAGAGUAUUAAGCAUCAGUACCUGCACGACAUUCCGCGAAGUUUUCUAGGAUUCAAGCCACGCGGUGCAGCAAAGACAGAAACGGAGGAGCCAGACCGAUUCGAAUGGUUCAACCUAGGCCAGGAUGGUCUCAUGGGCAAUAUUGACCUGCAGGCGCUCCCGGAAUUCGUGAUCGAGCGCAUCGACUACUUUAAGAAGUUUCUCAAUUACUCGCAGCAGAUAGCCACCUUCAUCAACCACACGCUCGCCAAGCAGCUCUCGCUGCCGGCGGAGACCUUUGCCGCGGCGCAGCGGCCGACCGAGCUGUCUGGCACGGUGGUGCGUUUCAUCAAGGCAUUCGCCAGCCCCGACGCCAAGGACCUCCGCACGAGCAUGAUUCACCACACCGAUUUUGGCUCCAUCACCCUCCUGGCCAACGUCAUCGGCGGCCUGCAGGUCCUCACGCCCGGCGGCUCGGCCCUUGACGAGGACGCAUGGCGGUGGGUGCGCCCGCAGCCUGGCUGCCUCAUCGUAAACCUCGGCGACGCCAUGGUGCAGUGGACAGGCGGCGCGCUGCGCAGCAACGUGCACCGCAUCAAGUACCCGCCCGGCGAGCAGCGUUUUGCCGACCGGUACAGCCUGGCGGCGCUCUUCCGCCCGGAGCGCAACGCGAGCAUGAAGCCCAAGAUGAGCCAGGACCUGGCAGGCGUCGAGAACACUGAACUGACGGCCUGGGAGUGGGAGCAACAAAAACCCAUGCAAGGGUCUCUUUUCCUACAUCGUAGCAUCAUCCCAGAUCACACAUACCUGUGA